AUGUCUCGGCCAGUUGCCCUCGUCCUCGGUGCAGGUCCCAGAGUCGGCGCAUCUGUUGCUGCCACAUUCGCAACCAAGGGAUACCAAGUCGCCAUCGCAUCCAGAAGCGGCACCGGCAAUAAGACUGCCGAAGGCUAUCUCUCUGUCAAAGCAGACUUUGCCAGCCCCUCCUCAAUCCCUGGAGUCUUUAGCGCAGUCAAAGCCGCAUUCCAAGCUGCACCCAGCGUUGUCGUCUACAACGCAGCGAGUCUUACUCCUCCUCCAGAUGCAAAUUCAGUCCUGUCAGUCCCAGUAGACAGUUUCACAACUGAUCUCAACAUCAACACUGUGACUCCCUACGUCGCAGCCCAAGAGGCCGUCAAGGAGUGGGAGAGUUUACCCGCCGAUGCAAAGAAAUCCUUCAUCUACACGGGCAAUAUCCUGAACGUGAAAAUCCCGCCUGUUCCUGUUUUCCUGAAUCUCGGUGUGGGGAAAUCUGCUUCUGCGUACUGGAUCGGCUCUGCUGAUACUUUGUAUUCGGAGCGUGGAUAUCGGUUCUUUUUCGCCGAUGAGCGCUCUGAGGAUGGAAGCUCGAGGGGCAAUGCUAUUGAUGGGCCUGCGCACGCCGAGUUCUUUGCCCAGCUGGCUGACCACGCGGGCAAUGUUCCAUGGCAUGCGACGUUUGUCAAAGGGAAGGGAUAUGUUAAGUUUGAGUAA